CGUUACAGAUCAACUCCUAAAGAGACACCAGCAUGCUCCUGUUGCUCUUCUUGUUGGGUUUGUCUCUGGGUGCCGUGUGUCCUUCUGAAGACCCUCCACUUCAACUCCAGCGGGGCGACUGUCCCACAUCAUGGUUCAGCUUCAGCGGCCGCUGCUACAAGUACGUUGGCACAGCGAUGAACUGGGCCGAUGCAGAGAUCCAUUGUGUGUCACUUGAUGCCAACCUGGUGUCAAUCCACAGCGAAGAAGAACAGAUGUUUGUUAAAACCCUGAUCAAGAACUUUGACCCUGCUGAGGGACGCACCUGGAUUGGACUGAGUGACAAUCACAAAGAAGGCACGUGGAUGUGGUCUGAUGGGUCAAGAGUUGACUUUACCUAUUGGGCCAAAGGACAGCCAAACUACUACGAUAGAAGACAGCGCUGUGUCGAAACCAACUUUUCCUACAAGAAAUGGAACGAUCACUUCUGUUCUUAUAAUGUCCCCUUUGUUUGUGCAUCACGUCUUAGCUGUCCUUAGCAACUGAGAUGUUCAACAUGACUGAUUGAUAGGGG